CAAUUUUCAGGCCGGUUGUUGCUACUUAAUUUUCCUUGAUUGUUGGAAAUUGUUACAAAUCCUAAAAUGUGUGACGACAGAUUGGGCCUCGGGACCGAGGAAAACGGCCACACCCUCGGCCCAGUUACAAACGGUUCGGCAGAUACCAGAGAAGUUGCAACCCUCGUUUCCAAAUCUCGCCAGAGGAUGGCGUUCGAGAAUAUCCUGCAACGGAUCGGAUCAUUUAAUAGAUAUCAAAUCUUCCAGUAUUUUAUCCUGUGUUUCUCGGGAUGGCCGACCGGACUCCACACCCUGUCGAUCAUCUUUCUUGGUGCAGAUCAGGAUCACUGGUGUGACAUACCAGAGCUACGCAACCUGACAUAUGAGCAACAAAAGAACAUCGCCAUACCGGAGGAGACCAACCGUGAUGCUAACGUCAUCUUCAGCAAGUGCAGACGAUUUGCGCUGAACUUUACACAGUAUUCUUAUUCGGACUUGAUCAACUGGAACAGAAGCUUGAUGGUUGAUAAUAUGACAAGUACUGUUGGUUGUUCGGCCUGGACGUUCGAUCAGUCUGUUUUUGAGUCUACCAUUGUCAGCCAGUUUGAUCUCGUGUGUGAUAGAGAAUGGCUGACUUCCAUGACCCAAUCCGUCUACUUCAUGGGCUUCCUGUUUGGAUGUUCCUUCUUUGGUGCUAUUUCAGAUGGAUUCGGUCGUAAGGUGGCACUCUUACUCACUAUUCUCACCACCAUCCUCGGCGGGACCGUGGGGGCCUUCAUGCCGAAUAUCUACGCCUGGAUCGGGGUUAGGUUCGUCACGGGUGCUGGCGCCGGAACCAUCUUUGCCAUUGCGUUUGUUAUGGUGGUCGAGUUUACAGGUCUGAAAUACCGAGUCCCCGUGUGCGUGCCGUACCACUGGGGAUUCACCAUUGGUAUGUUCACACUCCCCGGCCUUGCAUAUUUCAUCAGAAACCACAUCACACUCCAGUUGAUUCUGGGUAUCUAUCCGGUCAUCUACCUCUUAACAUUUUGGAUAGCUGACGAAUCGCCAAGAUGGUUGAUAUCACGUGACAGGAUAGAUAAAGCAGAAACGAUCCUCAGGAAAAUGGCUAAGUGGAACAGACGACCCUUACCGGCGGACAACAAGUGGUUAAAAGAAGCAACCGAAGCGGAACGGGAAGCCGCCACGAAGAAGAAAUGUACAGUCUUCGACUUGCUGCGGACUCCAAACCUGAGGAAAAUCACGCUCGUCAUAUUCUUACAAUGGUUUACCACCAGCCUUCUCUUCUAUGGUCUCAUCCUCAUGCCAACGAGUUUCGGCGCGAAUGCCUUCCUCACCACGGCGCUAGGCGGCGUUGCAAGCAUGUCAUCCUACCCCAUCUGUGUCUUCCUGAUGCAGAAAGUUGGGAGGCGAUACACAAUGGGCGGGUUCCUGUUCUUUGGAGGACUAUGCUUGUUCUCAGCCAUUCCAUUAUUAAAUCGACCAGAUCUACAGCCUCUGACCAUGGCACUUGUGAUGCUUGCGAAGUGCACCUUCCAGGGCGCAUUCGGAACUGUCUAUAUCUUCUCCGCGGAGCUGUUCCCAACAGUCGCCAGGAAUAUUGGAGUAGGAACUGGGUCUUCUUUCGCCAGGGCAGGGGCGCUCCUCUCACCACAGCUAGCGAGGCUGGAGGAUCUUUGGCGGCCCUUGCCCCUGAUCAUCUUCGGCUGUAUGGGUGUAUUCACGGGCGUUAUGAACUUCUUCCUCCCCGAGACGCUAAACAAGGCUUUGCCAGAGUCAUUAGAAGACGGGGAGAACUUUGGACGACGUGGAAAAUACCAUAGCAGUAAAGAAAUGCUGGACACAUUUGAUGCGGAGACAGCCGUUGAUGACAAAACUCACGCAGCUUAAAAUAGAUAAGCAGUACAGUGUGUGCCCAAUGGAUCUCAUCCUUUUGAUCGUGUCUUUUUGUAAUUUGUUUAUAUAUACAUGUGCAUUGUAUUGGAGAGGGAAGGGCCAUGGAACUAAGACCCAAAGUGCUACACAUGUACCACAACGGAUUCAAAUCAGAGUUUCAUAACAUUCUCGGAAUAAUUUAUUAAUAAUUUAUUUGAGAUGUAAUUGGUGAAUAAUAAAACAACGUGCACUGCACGUCCCCGACAAA